AAUAAGUAGAAGGCAGAACGCUGCAACCGUGCCGACCUGCUUUCGAGAGGUUUCAGUGUUUACAGUACUCCAGUAAACACUAUAGCUUGUAGCACACCUGUUUGACAUAGAACUCUUUAGUAUGGGCGCCAAACGAGUGUAGUUUUGGACUUUUUUGGCGUCUAGCCUCCAGCAGACUGCACUGGACCGACACCUGAAACACAUUUGACACGCCAAAAGAAGUUGCGGAGCCGCCAGCUAAAGGACCAUGGACCUCCUAGCGAGCUAUGGCGAUGACGAAGAUCGGUCGCCGCUCGACGCGCCAGAGAGCCCCACGGCUGCCGCAAUCGCGGCGUCAGCACCGAAGUUGAACCUGUCGAUAUCAGCAGCACCACAGGUCGACACCACGGGUCUAGUCCUGCGAGGCAAUGAAGCCAAGUCGCUGGGCGAGGUCCGCAAGCUGCAAGACGCGGGCGCGCGCAAGGUGAUGUACAACCUGCCAGUGGAGGACAUGCACGCGCCCGUGCUGGGCCCCGCGCACCCCUACAGCCGCGACGGGCUGGCGGCGGGCCUGAAGAACCACUUCGUGGGUCAUGUCGAGGACGCGCACAUGCACCCCAUCCACUUCGAGCAGCAGUACCACAACUUCCACGCACUGGGUUUCGGGGAGGCGCCCAGCGGGAUAGGUGUGGUGGGCAAGCCCGUGGACGAGGACGCUGUGGAGGCGGCGGAGGAGGGCGGGCCCAGCGCCUGGAAGCGGAGGAAGACCACGCAGGAGCGCAAGGCGGAGCAGGUGGCACGUGCGGAGCGGCUGGCCGCGCCCUUCGACCCCUCCGCGCCCUUCAGCCUGCAGGAGCGGCAGCCCUGGGCCAGCAAGCAGGCCGAGAUCGCCGAGCUCACUGAGGAGCAGAAGGAGUUCAUUGCCAAGGCCGAGGCGGCGAAGCUGGAGGCGGCGGCAGGCUCGGUGGACAAGCAGGGGCCCACCAGCUUCUUCCACGCCAAGGAGGAGAAGGACUACCAGGGCAGGUCCUGGAUCCUGCCGCCGCGCGACAAGAAGAACGAGAGCGACAGCUGCUUCCUGCCCAAGCGCUGGGUGCACACGUGGGCGGGGCACACCAAGGGCGUCAACGCGGUCCGCUUCUUCCCGGGCACCGGCCACUUGCUGUUGUCAGCGGGCAUGGACGGCAAGGUCAAGAUCUGGGACGUGUACGGCAGCGGCAAGUGCAUGCGCACCUACCUGGGCCACUCCAAGGGCGUGCGCGACGUGUGUUUCUCCAACGACGGGCGGCGCUUCCUGUCCACCGGGUACGACAAGAACAUCCGGCUGUGGGACACGGAGACGGGGCAGUGCAUCAAGAGCUUCAACACCGGCAAGGUCUACUACUGCGUCAAGUUCCACCCCUCGGACGACAAGCAGAACGUGUUCAUGUCGGGCUGCCAGGACAAGAAGAUCUACCAGUUCGACACGGACACGGGCGAGUCUGUCCAGGAGUACAACUACCACCUGGGCCCGGUCAACAGCGUCACCUUCAUCGACGACGGCCGCCAGUUCGUGUCCACCUCAGACGACAAGACCAUCCGUGUGUGGGAGUUCGGCAUCCCCGUGCAGAUCAAGUACAUCGCCGACCCCUCCAUGCACUCCAUGCCGGUGGUGGCCACACACCCCUCCAAGAACUACCUGCUCAUGCAGAGCCUGGACAACCAGGUCCUGACGUACAUGGUCAAGGACGGGCGCUUCAAGAGCAUGAAGAACAAGACGUUCAAGGGCCACAACACGGCGGGCUACGCCUGCCAGGUCGGCUGCUCACCGGACGGAAAGUACGUCAUGUCGGGCGACUCCGAGGGGCGCUGCUUCUUCUGGGAGUGGGGCGCGCCGCAGAAGAUCGUGCGCACCAUCAAGGCGCACGAUGCAGUGUGCAUCGGCGCAGAGUGGAACCCCAUGGAGAGCAGCAAGGUCGCCACCUGCGGCUGGGAUGGCCUAAUCAAGUACUGGGACUAGGAGGGUGAAAGGAAGAGGAGAAGUAAAUACCCAGCCCAUAGGGGAAAGGGGAUACGAGGAGCUGGAAGGAGGGAGGUGGGCGGUGGAAGGGGUGUGUGCGGCAUGGGCUGCGGCCGCAGUGGUCUUGACUGGGAGGGGGCGGGUGCAAGUUGCGACCGUGUGUGUGUGCGCCGCACGUCCGACAGCGUGACGUGAAGCGUAAGACAGGAUUCGUGCCAGGAGUCAGGCCAGGAGUCAGGCCAGGAGUCAGGCCAGGAGUCGGGUGCGGCCACAGAGUCGGGCUAGGAGUCGGGGGGGGGGCGCCUGCGACGGGCCAGCCUGUGGAGCAGCAAGGCGGCAGCAUGUGUGGUGCAUACCGGUGUUGACGACCUGAGGUGUUGACUCGUAUUACAGCUUGGUUUACAGGACAGGAUGCGGGUAGGCGUGAGCCGUGUCCUGGCGGUGGUGGUGGUGGCGGUGGUGGGCUAGCGCUCGCAACGGUGGAGCCGUGUAGGCGGCGCACAGCGCACAGGGGGCAUACGGCGAUUGCUUGUCAUGAGUCGCCCGGCCACGCACGAGUGUGUGUGGGGGGGGGUGCCGGCAAGGCCUGCUGCCCUUCAUCCAGCAGUUGUGGGGGCGCCGUGGGGACGGUUAGGUGUUGGCGUGGUCAUUGUACAUGACGUACCCUAUCUAGACUUGGCUGGAACCAGGGGAGUGGCAAAGGCGUCCCCUGGCCAGAAGUGCUGAGGCAGCGCACACGCUUGGAAGACUCACGGUUCCCCAGAGCGGUAUGGUUAGCGCGAAGUCGCGAACGGCAGCACGCGAGCAAAGGCUGCUGUCGAGGUAUGUCAGUGGACAGUGGCAAGCAGGUUCGUUGUGUGGCUUCAAGAGCGCUGGGUGCUGUAAAGGAUUGCGGUGACGGAAGGAAACGCAAAAGCGUCUGUAUCUUCGAAUGUG